AUGUAUGAACAUGAUAAAUAUAAUCAACCUAUAUUUACUUAUCCUGUGAAUAUAACCAGUACAAGUAAUGGGGAUAUACAUGUGGCAGAUUAUAAACCAGGUAGUGUCAGAGGUAGAGUGGUGGUGUUAGAACAGGGAAGAGAUAGAAUCAAUACAUAUACAGGACAUACAGAUGUCAACAAGGGAAUACUAUUUAAACUUGUCAGAAUAGUGUCAACACCAAGAGACAAUGUCAUUGUGACUGAUAUGGAUACUUAUACCUUACAUAUACUAAACAACAAUGGACAAUUACUGUCAUUUUAUAAAACAAGCAAUAUAGAAAUUAAAUAUCCAUUCUCCUUUGCUUUCACACAAACAGGACAACUUUUGAAUGGCUGUUCUAAACCAGUAAACAGUAAAGCCAAGGAUGCAAAGAUAUUUACAGUGAAUAUAUCAGGAUGGGAGAUAACUCAGUCUAAUGUUGGAGUGUUACAAAGUAAGGUCAGUCCUCUAGAAUUAAGUGUUACUCUUAAUAUCAAUAAACAAUAUCAGACUGAACUUAGCCAGGUAUCAGAUAUAAUUCCUUUGUCUGACAAUUCAAUCUGUUUAAAUAGCAAUUUAUAUGGAAAGUUAAUGAAAGUAAAACCUGAAGGAAAUAAUCUGAAGACAACAUCUUCUUUGAACAUUGAUGUAUAUGGUGUGACACUUACUGCUGAGAAUGAUAUAUUACUAGAUACUGGUAAUUCCAGAAUACAACAACUCAGCAAUAUCACUGGAAAAAUAACAGACACGGUAUAUGAUAUAUCACCUUUAAAAUCUACAACCGUUCAUAUGACAUGUAAUAACAAAGUCGUAGUAGGAGCUGUUAAUAAACAUGGAAUGAUUGUGGUAAUGGUAAUGAAUAAGAAAGGUGAGAAUGAGACUAUCUAUGAACAUGAUAAAUAUAAUCAACCUAUAUUUACUUAUCCUGUGAAUAUAACCAGUACAAGUAAUGGGGAUAUACAUAUGGCAGAUUAUAAACCAGGUAGUGUCAGAGGUAGAGUGGUGGUGUUAGAACAGGGAAGAGAUAGAAUUAAUACAUAUACAGGACAUACAGAUGUCAACAAGGGAAGACCAUUUAAACUUGUCAGAAUAGUGUCAACACCAAGAGACAAUGUCAUUGUGACUGAUAUGGAUACUUAUACCUUACAUAUACUAAACAACAAUGGACAAUUACUGUCAUUUUAUAAAACAAGCAAAAUAUAA